AUGAAUGAAAUCAAAAAUGAACUCCUUGAAUAUUUACAAAACGAUAUUAAUUCCGUUAAAACAUUAACAUAUAAAAUUAACUCUGAAAUACCAAAUAAAAAACUAAAUGUUUAUACUUUUCUUGACUCACGCGAAACAUACAUAACUGAAAUCUACAAAAACGGACUCAACCUAAAAAUAGAUAUAUUAACAUACCAAGAUCACUUGAACACAGAACGUGAUUUUAUAACUGAAUUACACCAAAGCCAUACUCGCAUUUCAUCGGUUAAUCGGAUUGAAAGACAUGCAGAAAAAGAAAGCUAUGAAUUUAAUGAAAAUGCAUUAAAAUGUUUCCCACCCCUUUCUUCAACAAAUGUCGUUUGUCGAUUGUCUCAAAUCCUACCAAACAUAUCGAUAUCGCAUCACAGCACUCAAUG